UCAAAGUCUCAUUUGCUUUAAUUGCCUUGUCACUUUGAGCUCCCUUGAAGCAUCAAUGCAUCAUCUUCACAACCCCAAUUCCUCCUCCAUGGAAGAAGAAGAACCUUCGAAAAAGCACAAACCUUUAGAUUCUUCAAAACCCAUCAGUGAACUCAUUUGGUUUUCUUUCAUCUCCACAACAAUCAAACUACUUUUGAUCCCAUCUUACCAUAGCACUGAUUUCGAAGUUCAUCGAAAUUGGCUUGCAACUACUUAUUCUCUUCCUCUUUCUCACUGGUAUUCUGACACUACUAGUAAAUGGACUCUUGAUUACCCUCCUUUCUUUGCUUAUUUUGAGCUCUUUCUCUCCUUUUUUGCCUCCAAAAUCGAUCCCACCAUUGUUAACCUUCAUGAAGGUCUCAAUUACAAAGCUGAUUCCGUUAUUUAUUUUCAAAGAAUCACUGUUAUGGUCUCUGAUUUGGUUCUUCAUUAUGCUAUAUAUCGAAUUACUCGACAUUUGUAUUCAACUAAGAGGAGAUUGAUCUGGGUUUUGGUUAUCUGGUCGCCUGGAUUGAUGAUUGUUGAUCACAUACAUUUUCAGUAUAAUGGGUUUUUGUUGGGUUUGUUAUUGCUCUCUAUUUCCGGGCUAAUUGAAGGAAAUGAUUUGAUGGGUGGUUUCUUUUUUGCGGUUUUGUUAUGUUUUAAGCAUUUGUUUGCAGUUGCUGCGCCUAUUUAUUUUGUGUAUUUGUUACGGCAUUAUUGUAGAGGAGGGUUAAUUAAGGGUUUUGGGAGGCUUUUGGUGAUGGGUUUGACAGUAAUGGUUGUUUUUGCUGCGGCUUUUGGACCUUUUGUUUAUCAUGAUCAGAUGCUGCAAGUUAUCCAUCGAAUGUUUCCUUUUGGCAGGGGUCUAUGUCAUGCAUAUUGGGCUCCAAACUUUUGGGUUUUCUACAUAAUGGCUGAUAAACUUCUUGCUUUCUCUCUUAGAAGAAUGGAUUUUGAUGUCCCUAGACCUACUGGAUCUUUCACUUCUGGGCUAGUGGGGGACUCAUCGCCCUUUGCUGUACUACCUCAGAUCACCCCUUUGGUGACCUUUGUGAUGGUGCUGCUUGCCAUUUUUCCGUGUCUUCUAAAAGUAUGGAAGAAUCCUGAGCCAAGAAAGAUUGCUAGAUGGAUAGCCUAUGCUUACACAUGUGGCUUUUUAUUCGGUUGGCAUGUCCACGAGAAGGCAACGCUCCAUUUUGUUAUUCCCUUGGCAAUCAAUGCAAUGGACAGCAUAAGUGAUGCAAGGCAUUACUUUUUACUCUCAAUAGUCUCGUGCUACUCUCUCUUCCCGCUUCUGUUUGAAGCCGGAGAAUACCCAAUAAAAGUGACGUUGUUGCUUCUGCACUGUAUUCUCAUGUGGUUUGGUUUCUCCGCCUUAUUUCCCGAAGCAACAAUUACAAAUUCAAAGAAACAUCCCCCAAAGAAAAACAGCGAGCGUAAUUCAGAUAGAAACCUCAUCAACACUUUUGAAAAAGGUAAGCUUGACAUUGGCUGGAUCCGUAAGAGCUACUUGGUGGGUCUUGUUGCAGUUGAAAUAUGGGGUCAGUUUUUACAUCCUUUGAUUCUUGAGAAUAAGCUUCCUUUUUUACCUUUGAUGUUGGUUUCUAUAUAUAGUGCAUUCGGAAUGAUUUACUCUUGGAUAUGGCAGCUCAAAUGGAUUGUUCUGUCAUCCUCAUGAUUCUCGUAAAUUCAUCUAUACAUUCGUUUCUAAACCACACGAAGAGCUGACUGAGUUUGUUUUUCUGCGAUAAUGUUCUUAGUAUUCUUUUUCAACACUCAUGUAUUGCAAACUGAAAAACCCUUUUGCAUUCUCCUGCAAACCCCGCUUUUCUAAUUCUUCUCCCUCAACAAAUCCAAAGCUUCUGAAUGACAGAUGGUGGUUGUACAAUUGUACAAUCGUAACAGUAAAAUGCAUGUUUGAGAAACUCGGAAUGAUGAAUGAAGCCUAGUUUAGAAUUGGAUUUACUAUCAUUAUCAUCUCCUGAUAUAAGGCUGAUUUGAUGCUAACUUGCUUGUGGAAAACUCAAAUUAGACAAAGAGCAAGACUUCCAACAAAUUUUGAUUUGGAAAAGUGUGUUUUUUGACUUGGGUUUCAAUUUCAAGUUCAUUGCAAAAAGUGUCCUUAAUAAAUUUUAGCAAACAUGUGAAGUGUUUUCAACAAACUCCCUCAUAUGUGAGCCAUAUCAUAUCCAAGAACCAUCAUUGGCUCUGAUACCAUGUUAGGCUGUGACAAUUCGUAACAUAAUCACCCUGCGGGCUCGCUCUGGUGGACACAGCCACGGGGCACUUGUAGGUCUCGGGCCCAUAAACCCACGGGUCAUGAGUGUUGACUUGCAUACGACACAUGAUGAGAAUUAAAUUUAGUAGCAUAACGAUAUUUGCAGUAUACAUGACAAAAUUUAUUGAUUAUAUUGAUGGAACACUAACCACGCCAAAAAGGUAGCUAAUGGCCUACUCAAAGUAUUUAGAUCAAGAACUUCAAAAUCUAAUUGAAUUAUCCUAAAUGCUUCCAAAAUUACUCUGAUGAAUACUUUGAUGUUUAUAUAUUUUUGGACCCAUUUAGAAUUAUUUAAUUAGAUAGCUUUUGUGUUAAAAUGGUCUAAAAAUUUGAUUCGAGUUUGGUUGGUUUAAGUUAAAUUAUUUUAGAUCGAGUCAUUUUAAGUUGCGAUUAAUUGCUUUCGGACAGGAUCCGCUCUUGCUUUCGGUUGAUUGAGUGUAGAUCGACCAAACUAAUUAAGGUCUUUAUUUUUUUAAUAAUUUAAACAUUUAAACAUUUUUUUAAUAAAAAAGUACUCUAAUUUUAUUGUAAUAAGAAUAGAUGAAUUUAAAAUAUGUACAUAUUCCUUGUUUGAUUGUAAUGUUUAUUCGGUAGUUCUACAUGUAUUCGUAGAUAAUGUUGUUAUUGUCGUUUUAUUUCUCUAUUGAUAAGUGAAUAAAAUGAAAUUAUAAAUAGAUAAUUACAAUAUUUUAAAAUGUGAAUUAUAUAAAUCACUAAACGAACACAAAUCGUGCAUUGUACAAUCAACUCGGAAACAAACUCCUUAUUAUCACUAACAACUAACAAGGGUAAGGUGGCGUACAAAGUCCCCUAGAUGUGAGCCAUUUCGUGACAUUCAGGUAAUAAAAUGUUGUUAUUGUGAUACCCCGGAUUGAGCUUAAAAAAUGAUGGAUAGAUUACUCAUAUCAAUUAGAUGCAAUUUCUUUUCAUGAGAGCCCAUUUGCUAAGAAACUCCACAGUUAAGUGUGA